GUUUCGUAGAAAACCACACACUAUUUGUCUUGACUUGCUUUCGUUGACCCUUCCUUUGUCAUCAAUCACUCUUCUUUCAUUACUAUAAAAACCCUCCAACAAUUACUUCUUCACUUCAUAUCUUCACAGCAUCUCUAAAUUCUAUUCCAUUUUGCAUCAAUAAUUGUUCUACCUUAUAGCUCUCCUCUCACAUAUCACAAGCUUCCAUAACAAUGAUGAAAGUAGUGUUAAAGUUGGAUAUACAUGAAGACAAAAUCAAGCAAAAAGCUAUGAAAGCAGUCUCUGGCCUUUCAGGUGUUGAAUCAGUUUCAGUGGACAUGAAAGACAAGAAAUUAACACUAAUAGGAGAUAUUGAUCCUGUAAAAGUAGUGGCUAAGCUAAGGAAGUUUUGUCACGCUGAAAUCAUUUCUGUUGGACCAGCUAAAGAAGAAAAGAAAGAUGAACCUAAGAAGAAGGAAGAUGAUAAGAAAGAUUCAGCAAAAGAAAAUGUGAUUAACCCUUUCAUAUUUUAUGGAACACAUGGUUAUUAUAAUCAUCAAAUGAAGCCACAAUACAAUCCUUAUUACGGUGCUGUUAGCGUGGAAGAGGAUCCUAAUAGCUGUGUUAUCAUCUAAAUUUUGUGUAUUAUGUUUGAUAAAAAGUUAAUAGAAAAGUAAUUGUAUAUUUAUUUCUUUUUGUUUGUAAAAGUAGUAUAUUGAUUAUAAUAUGAGGCUUGCAAGACUA